ACCGAGCCAGCCAGUCUGGGGACAACCGAUCCAGCCACAACGGAUCCAGCGGGUCCAGCCACCACCGAGCCAGCCAGUCUGGGGACAACCGAUCCAGCCACAACGGAUCCAGCGGGUCCAGCCACCACCGAGCCAGCCAGUCUGGGGACAACCGAUCCAGCCACAACGGAUCCAGCGGGUCCAGCCACCACCGAGCCAGCCAGUCUGGGGACAACCGAUCCAGCCACAACGGAUCCAGCGGGUCCAGCCACCACCGAGCCAGCCAGUCUGGGGACAACCGAUCCAGCCACAACGGAUCCAGCGGGUCCAGCCACCACCGAGCCAGCCAGUCUGGGGACAACCGAUCCAGCCACAACGGAUCCAGCGGGUCCAGCCACCACCGAGCCAGCCAGUCUGGGGACAACCGAUCCAGCCACAACGGAUCCAGCGGGUCCAGCCACCACCGAGCCAGCCAGUCUGGGGACAACCGAUCCAGCCACAACGGAUCCAGCGGGUCCAGCCACCACCGAGCCAGCCAGUCUGGGGACAACCGAUCCAGCCACAACGGAUCCAGCGGGUCCAGCCACCACCGAGCCAGCCAGUCUGGGGACAACCGAUCCAGCCACAACGGAUCCAGCGGGUCCAGCCACCACCGAGCCAGCCAGUCUGGGGACAACCGAUCCAGCCACAACGGAUCCAGCGGGUCCAGCCACCACCGAGCCAGCCAGUCUGGGGACAACCGAUCCAGCCACAACGGAUCCAGCGGGUCCAGCCACCACCGAGCCAGCCAGUCUGGGGACAACCGAUCCAGCCACAACGGAUCCAGCGGGUCCAGCCACCACCGAGCCAGCCAGUCUGGGGACAACCGAUCCAGCCACAACGGAUCCAGCGGGUCCAGCCACCACCGAGCCAGCCAGUCUGGGGACAACCGAUCCAGCCACAACGGAUCCAGCGGGUCCAGCCACCACCGAGCCAGCCAGUCUGGGGACAACCGAUCCAGCCACAACGGAUCCAGCGGGUCCAGCCACCACCGAGCCAGCCAGUCUGGGGACAACCGAUCCAGCCACAACGGAUCCAGCGGGUCCAGCCACCACCGAGCCAGCCAGUCUGGGGACAACCGAUCCAGCCACAACGGAUCCAGCGGGUCCAGCCACCACCGAGCCAGCCAGUCUGGGGACAACCGAUCCAGCCACAACGGAUCCAGCGGGUCCA